AUGGCUGCUCCGCCGCCUGCCCGCUCGUCGAGGCAGGAGGAGCUGGAGCGCCGCUAUGCCCAGCAUCUGUCGACUCGCAAGCACCAUGCGCCGCAGCUAUCCAUCAACGAUGAGGACCACCACGUGACGGAGGUUUUUGGCAGCUGGUAUGAGCAAAACGACUCAACAAUGAGUGCCGGAGGGAAGGGCAAGAACCGUCCGCUGAGCUACGUGCCGGGCGCCAGCGAGGCGGUCAUGGCGAGUCGACAGCAGCGCCGGCAUGCUACACUGAUGGAUGCCAACGCUGCACAUGCUGCUUCCGCCGCUGCUGCCGCUCCGACCAGUCCGCAGCUGCGCACUCCGGUGUCCCCUGCACGCAGCAACGAACGAUUACCCUCGCCAGUGGAGACCACCCCUACCAAGGCCCUACAACGAAUGGGUUCGCGUGGCGCUGAGAAUGUGCAAGGGUUGCCAACAACACCACCGCCGCUCAGCCGCCAGUCAUCGACAGAUACCGCCAACCAGCAGUUCCCGCUGAACGACAUUGACUAUGAAUCGAGUCCAGCCGCGGUAGCGCAGGAGCUCAGCAACCUUCAGGCCAUCCGGCGCAUGUCAAUGAAUGUGGACACUGCCGACCCAGAUCUACCUUCGUUCAGCAGCUCCUUUGGUGGCAUAUCUUCCGUUGCACCAAGCAAAUCCGACGACGAAGACGAUCCUUCUCAAUUAUUCUGGGUGCCCGCACGUCUGCAUCCGGAGCUGGCUCCGAAAGAGUUCAAGACGUUCAUUGAAGACAGAGUGGAUAAGAUCCGACGGCGUUCCGGGUCUGGAGGCGAUGACAGCCUGUCUCCUGACACCCUGGAGCGUUCUGGAUCCGGGAGCAGUAGUCUGCGGCGAAAGAAGAGCAUGCUGUCUCAUCAAAUCGAUACCAGGGGCAACUACGAGGAUGGCGCAGAGCGCUUGGAGAGGAAAAGGUCGAGUGGUAUGCGGGUUGAAGGACAAGCCACCGUCUCAAAUCUAGAAGACUUGGAGGAGUUGGUUGACGAUCCAGCGCAGCUUAUGCGCCGUAUGAGCAUAGAUCAGGCACGACGGUCUCUCGAGUCUGGGUCUUCGAAUGAGGACCUACCAAUCUUGCCUCCCGUCGGCACAUUGAAGCGAUCUACACGGACUACAUAUCGGAGAGGCAGUUUGAAGAAAGGAGAGCGAGUGCCAUUCUCGAAACGUGCUCAGCAUCGGAAGCCCGAGCCCGAUACACAUGAGCCGCCAAUGCCAGCAUCCCCUAUCGCGAAGUACGACGAGCCCUCGAUGGGUGGUCUGACCCGUGUGCAGACGGAGCCCACUCCACCACCGAGCGAAACACGCGAGAAUUUCUCGAGGCCAGGUCUGAAGCGGAGGGACAAGUCUUCUCAGUCUAGCGAGGAUCUCAAGGGAGACGCCAGACGCGAUGCCGAGCCUGCUCGUGAUGAGCAGCAGCAUCCUUCCGAACAUAAUCACAAGCAGUUUCAGUCCCGGAUCGCCUCACCAGGCCGUACGACUGCACAAUUGCCUGGCUAUAACAAUACAAAUCCUUUGCCAAACAUCAUUGAAACCCUCCCCGAUGGCACAAAGGUGCCAGUACAGAAUCUUGGAGGUAGCUUGCCUGAACGCAAAUCUUCACACGAGGUUCCUCGACAGUUUCAGCGGGGUGGUGCACAUACGCGUCCCGCACCUGGACGUUCCGGCUCGCCAUCAUCUACUUUGGAUGAUCUAUCCUCGAGUCCUUCCCCUCUCCCUGGAAGUGGAAAUUCAAGAACAGACUCACUGACGCUUGUUCCUACGUUCGAGGAAAAGAAGGCGGAGAAGAAGGAGGGCGGGCGCAAAAGUAGUUGGAAAUGGAUACUUGGCAACGACGACAGCGAUAAGAAAUCGAAAGACGAACCGGAGCCCUCAUCUUCCAAGUCAAAAGGCGGCAAGGCCGCCAAAGCCACUGCGGACAAGACCAGGCUGGAUUUGCUUCAAACUUCUAUCGAUGGCAGUGCGCCUUCACGAGGCCGGGAGAGCAUUGUACUCAACCGCGAGGAUGUCAAGCUCGAAGAGGAGCGCCAUAAGACCAGCAAGAAGGGGAGCGAGUCCUCCAAGAAGGAGAAAGAUUCAAGUCUUCUCUCAGCUAUCUUUGGUGGCAAGAAGAAGUCGUCUGAUGGCGAGUCAAAGGAGAAAAGGCGAAAAGCGGAUCGAAACUUGUCACCGGAACCCGCCCCGAGAAUAUUAAAGCCUGAUAUUGACUACAACUGGACUCGUUUCAGCAUAUUGGAGGAGCGGGCAAUCUAUCGCAUGGCUCACAUCAAACUUGCAAACCCGCGACGAGCAUUGUACAGUCAAGUGCUACUGUCCAACUUCAUGUACUCUUAUCUUGCUAAAGUGCAAAUGAUGCAUCCGCAAAUCCAAAUACCUGCAGCUCAGCGAGCUGCCCAGCAAAGAGGGCAGAAGACUGAGGAGUCGCAGCAACAACAACAGCAGCAGCCGCAGCAGCAACAGCAACAGCAUCCACCAGAGUACAAUCAGUACCAGCGGUGGCAAGAGGUMAGCAUAGCCGUGUAG